AUGUCGACCUCGUUGCGCCUCGCCAACCGCACCUUGGGCAAGUCCGUCUCCACACGCGCAACAUCGUGCUCGUCACCGCUCUGCAGCCCUCGCGUCCUCCGUCAACAGCGCUUCUACUCGUCGGAACAGCCUCGCAGCGGCGGUGGCGGCGAUCGCAUCAAGUUUUGGCCGUUUCUCGCGCUGAUCGGAUUGGGUACGGCGGCUUAUAUCCAGCUGGCAAACACUCGAGUCAAAAACAAAGACAUGCCUCCCACGACCGAAGUCCCCGCGCCCGCCGCGCAGCUUUCUCAGAGCAAGCCCGUCUUCGACCCUGCUGAUGUGACCGUCGUCUUCGUGCUCGGCGGCCCCGGUGCCGGCAAGGGCACGCAGUGCGCUCGUCUGGUUGCCGAGCAGGGCUUCACGCAUCUCUCGGCCGGCGACCUCCUGCGCGAGGAGCAGAACCGGCCGGGAUCCCAGUUCGGCCAGCUGAUCAAGGACUACAUCAAGGACGGCCUGAUUGUGCCCAUGGAGGUGACGAUCAAGCUGCUCGAGAACGCCAUGAGCGAGGCCCUCCGCCAAAAGGGCACGACCAAGGGCCGCUUCCUGAUCGACGGCUUCCCGCGCAAGAUGGACCAGGCGCACAAGUUUGAGGAGGCCGUCUGCCCCGCCAAGCUGGUCCUCUUCUUCGACUGCCCCGAAAAGGUGAUGGAGGAGCGCCUGCUGGAGCGCGGCAAGACGAGCGGCCGGACGGACGACAAUGCCGAGAGCAUCCGCAAGCGCUUCCGCACGUUUGUCGAGACAAGCAUGCCCGUUGUCAACUACUACGAGAGCCAGGGCAAGGUCAUCAAGGUGGAUGCCACGCCUGCUCCCGAGGAUGUGUUCAAGACGACGAACAAGCUUCUGACGGAGAAGCUGUCUUCUGCUUAG